AUGUUGGAAGCGUUUGAGAUUCUCACCACCUCCGGGGUAGUUUUAUGGUCCAAGUCCUACGCCCCCGUUGGCGCCAACGUUGUUAACAGCCUUAUCAAUGAUGUCUUUAUCGAAGAAAAGGUCCAGAUCCAAGCGGCGAAUGCGGCCUACCCAGUUUACAAAAAGGAAAAGUAUACAUUGAAGUGGAAGAGGGUCAAGGAGUUUAAUCUGAUCUUUGUGGCCGUGUAUCAAUCACUUCUGCAUCUCGGUUGGAUCGACAAACUUUUGGACAAUAUUUCGACCUUGUUCAUCGACAUCUACAAAGACCAGCUGCGGAGUACACGUGCAAGGGUGGUCGAAUAUCCUUUUGACAGAUAUUUCGAACAACAAGUGAGGGAGCUUGAAGAUAACUCGGUGCCCAUCAAUUCGGAGGGAGUCGUGACGGGUGCGGAAUACAAGAAAGACCCGCUUGUCUCAUCGGAACAUGGUGGCCCUCCACCCCCAUCUGUGCCUGGCCUUCUUCAAGCGCAGCGACACGCUGCGCCGGGCGUGGCGACCUCUGAUGAGGGUACGCCGCCCCAGACCCCAGAUACUUCUCGAUCUACCACGCCUGUCGCGAGCCAGAUUUUGACCGCUAGAGGAGGACCGGGUGGCCGGGUUUCUCGUCGUGCGCGCAAAGCCGCGAACUCGAGCGCAAACGUUUCAUCAGGGGAUGAGAGCAUCCGCAAGGGAAAGACCCCAAAAGGAGGGAAGAAGAUGCGCAAAUGGGAUGCUGAUGGAUAUGCCGAUGAAGAUGAUGGCACAGUUCUGGAUUAUUCCGCACCUGCUGAUGGCGAUGAAGCAGCAGCUCCAGCCGUGGAAGGUGUCGCGCAGGACUCCUGGGGUCACAGAACUGGGAAAGGACAGUUCGUUCUGAAAGACCUGGGUGAUGAAGUCCAUUCUAUCCUGGAGAAUGCGGAUAGUGAAAAAGCAAAGAACACGACUACAGGAAUCGUUGGCUCAGGAUUCAAUGCUAUCGGUGGUCUUUUCCGCAACAUCGUCGGGGGGAAGGUCUUGACCGAAUCUGAUUUAGAGAAGCCCCUGAAAGCUAUGGAGGACCAUCUUUUGAAGAAGAACGUGGCGCGCGAAGCAGCGGUCCGCCUAUGCGACGGUGUGCAGCGGGAACUUGUCGGAAAGAAAACAGGAAACUUUCAGAGUGUGGAUGCUGCAUUACGCCAGGCCAUGGAGUCGUCUUUGCGGAAGAUACUCACCCCUACAUCCUCGCUGGAUCUGCUACGGGAGAUUGAUACAGUCACCUCUCCCACAAGUAAACAGCAAUCCCCCCGUCCUUAUGUCAUCUCCAUAGUCGGUGUUAACGGCGUUGGCAAAUCGACCAAUUUGGGCAAGAUUUGCUACUUCCUGUUGCAAAACAACUAUCGCGUCCUGAUUGCGGCAUGCGAUACCUUUCGCUCUGGUGCGGUCGAGCAACUUCGUGUCCACGCCCGGAACUUAAAAGAACUCAGCGUUCGCGAAAAUGUUGGGCAAGUUGAGCUGUAUGAGAAGGGAUAUGGCAAGGAUGCAGCAAAUGUGGCCAAGGAUGCUGUUGAGUACGGAGCUGCCAACAAAUUCGACGUUGUUUUGAUUGAUACUGCUGGGCGGCGUCAUAACGACCAGCGCUUGAUGUCUUCCCUGGAGAAAUUUGGCAAAUUCGCCAAACCUGACAAGAUCUUCAUGGUUGGGGAAGCUCUGGUUGGCACUGAUAGUGUGAUGCAGGCGCGCAACUUCAACCAGGCAUUUGGCACUGGCAGAAACCUGGAUGGGUUCAUUAUCAGCAAGUGUGACACUGUCGGGGACAUGGUUGGUACACUUGUGAGCAUGGUCCAUGCAACUGGCAUACCCAUUGUAUUUUUGGGAGUUGGGCAGCACUAUGGAGAUUUGCGCGGACUCAGUGUCCCUUGGGCUGUUAAUUUGUUGAUGAAGUGA